GUGCAUCAGCCAGAAAUGACACCUCGGAAGGAAUUUCACGGCGCUAGGACCGCGCACAGCUCUGUGAAUGCGCAAAUUCCAGUCAAGCAGAGAGACUGUUCGCUCUCUCUAUCGGAAUAGCUCGUUACCGGUGAGGCUGUUUGCUGCGGUGCGAGCCAUAUCCGGAGAAGCACUUUUUGCGCACCUCUCUUCCAGCUCCGUCUCCGGUUCCAAAAGAACCACCAAGCGAACCUGAACCGGAGAUUAACCACCUCGGGGUUUCAGGACAGACUUCUCCUUAUGGGCUCACAAUGCGCAGGAUACGGGCCAACGCCAUCGCUAUCUUGACCGUAGCGUGGAUCCUGGGAACAUUUUAUUACCUGUGGCAGGACAAUAAACCGCACUCAUCCUCAGACUCGCAGCACCGCGUCGCGGACAUCAGGAGACAUGCCGACGGCGGGAGGCUGGAGAUCCACGGAGACGACAGGACCAUUCCGUUGAUUAUGACCCUGUCUCCGUGGGCGGAGCAGCAGCAGCAGGGUCAGCUCAUAGGUAGUUUCGAUGAGAAGGCGUACCUGUUGGAGAAACAGCUGAAGGCCGGAGACGACCCCUACAGAGACCACGCCUUCAACCUGGCCGAGAGCGACCGACUCGGCUCCGAGCGGGUCAUCAGAGACACACGGCACUACAGGUGUGCCUCUGUGAAUUAUGACGCUAACCUUCCUCCUACGAGCAUCAUCAUCACCUUCAACAAUGAGGCUCGCUCCACCCUGCUACGCACCAUCAAAAGUGUCCUGUUGAGGAGCCCUCCCUCUCUGAUCCAGGAGAUCAUCCUGAUAGAUGACUUCAGUACUGAUCCUGAGGACUGUCAGCUGCUCUCUCAGAUCCCUAAAGUACGCUGCCUGAGGAACGGACGUCGAGAGGGAUUGAUCCGAUCCCGGGUACGAGGGGCAGACUCGGCCUCUGCCUCUAUCCUGACCUUCCUGGACAGCCACUGUGAGGUCAACACUGACUGGCUACUUCCCAUGAUACAGAGGGUCAAAGAGGACCGUACCCGGGUGGUCAGCCCCAUCAUCGAUGUCAUCAGCCUGGAUAACUUUGCCUACUUGGCAGCUUCAGCUGACUUGAGGGGAGGGUUUGACUGGAGUCUACACUUUAAAUGGGAGCAGAUUCCCAUCGAACAGAAGAUGUCCAGGAAUGACCCCACACUGCCUAUCAGAACUCCAGUGAUUGCAGGAGGGAUCUUUGUGAUGGACAAGAGCUGGUUCAACCACCUGGGGCAGUACGACACUCACAUGGACAUCUGGGGAGGGGAGAACUUUGAGCUGUCCUUCAGGGUGUGGAUGUGUGGCGGGAGCCUGGAGAUUCUGCCCUGCAGCAGGGUGGGACACGUCUUCAGGAAGCGACAUCCCUACGACUUCCCAGGAGGCAACGCUCUCACAUACAUCAGGAACACGCGUCGGGCAGCGGAGGUGUGGAUGGAUGAGUAUAAACAGUACUACUACUCAGCGAGGCCCUCAGCGCAGGGCAAGGCCUUCGGCAGCAUUGCGGACCGGCUGACUCUACGACACAGGCUGAACUGCAAGUCUUUCCAUUGGUAUAUGGAGAACGUUUACCCUGAGCUAAGGAUCCCAGAGCGGAAUGCAGUGUCCAGUGUGUUGAGGCAGGGAGGGAUGUGUCUGGAGAGCCAGGGUUCAGACAGCCUGGGCCUAGCAGAGUGUAGUCGAGGCUCUGGAGCGAUGAGGCCACAGUCACAGAGGUGGCAGCUGGUGGAGCCUCUUCUACGCCAGCAGGACAUCUGUCUGGCCAUCACAGCUUUCACUGCCGGGUCAAAGGUCAAGAUGGAACCCUGCAACAUGAAAGAGCCCCGACAGAAGUGGAAGCCAAAAGGGCCGACCCUGCAGCACGUGGUUAGUGGUCUGUGUCUUGACAGUCAGCUGUCUGUUGGCCCUCCUGCCAUCACUCAGUGUCGGCCCCAGCUGGCCAGUCAGGUCUGGGAGCCACAACUCAUCACCUGAUUACCUGAAACCUGGUGGCCGGAGAGAAGAGUAGGAGGAACUC